CUCGAAGAAGCCCUGGCGCGCCCUCCCCCCCUCCCCGGUCUGGUAGGGCGAAGGAGCGGGCGCGCGGUCGAUCGAGCGAUCGGUUGGCGGCUCUUUCUCCUGCUCUGGCAUCCAGCUCUUGGGGCGCAGGCCCGGCCGCCGCGGCGCGCGCCCGGUGGCCGUUGGCGCUCGCGCCGCGUCUUUCUUCUCGUACGCAGAACUCGGGCGGCGGCCUAUGCGUUUGCGAUUCGACGAGGAGUCGUCCGGGUGGUCGGCGGUGGCGGGCAGCUGCUCCGCCCCGCUCCCGGAGAGGCGGCGGCAGCGGCGGGAUUUGGUGCGGCCGGGGAGGCGGGGGUGGCUGGGGCCGGGGCUGGCCUGGAGGCCUGGCGCCACCCUUCUGGGCCUGCAAGGACCCAGUUGGGACAGGAAGGGGCUGGAGGAUGGUUGGUGGUGGGCUUUCUGCUUUGCCUUUUUCUCCUUAUGCCGCCUUAGAAAGGGCCAGGAGCUCUGGCAGCAGCUCCGGGGUGGGGAUAUGAGCUCCCGGAGUCGGAAGAGCUGCGUUUGUUUCCGGGCCUAGCCAGCAGCUGACCGACUGACCUUAGGCAAGUCACUCUAAUUUGUCUGCGCCUCAGUUUCCUCCUCUGCCUGUGUUUGGGAUUGAAAUCACUUUGUAAACUACAAAGUGCUGUAUUCAUAAAGGAUGAGUAUCGUUUGUAAUGUUUCUUGAGUUGCUAGAAAACUUGCCAGUUGCCAGAUCCCUCGAUUUGGAACCUGGAAACGUUGCCUGAAUUGUACGUAGAAAUUUGUGGGGAUAUACAUGUGAAGCGACUGAUGAUCCAUGGGUAGCAAGUUUUCAAAGCGGACUGUGAUCCAGAAAAGUUAAUGACAGUUUUUUUAUACCAGAGAGGAAACUGAGGCCUAGAUGUCAUUUGGGACCCUUCACAAUCAAUUUGAAGCCGGCUUUUGAGUCCCUGGGAUAUGUGAGCUGUUUCCUAUGCAUAAUGGAUAUUUGGGGUAACAAUACUCCCCAGCUUGGCCUCUCUUCUAAACCCUUUCCUUUUACCGCGGGGUGCCUGAAGGGUGGCUGAUGCUGAUGGUACAAUGGCACCCAAUAUAAAGCAGCUGCAAUUAGGAGGUGAUGUAGUUGGCAAUGCUAAGAAGUGAAUUCAUUGUUUGGCCCAGCGCUUCUUGGUUUUCUGCUGCUUAUACUGGUGCCUGACUACCUUUUUUGACCUAUAUCAUUUUCCAUGAAUAUAGUUGCCAUCCUUUACUUGAUUCUAUUUUGUAUUCCCUAAUUUGUGUGGUUGGUGGUGACCAGGCUUAUUUUUAAAUGAUGGUGCCAAGCCUAGCUAAUAAAUGGUGCCUGCGAAUUUUUAACAAGUGGGCUGACUGGAACAGACUGAACCACGCAUGGCAUUCCUAAAGAUGUUAAAAAUUUUUUCUUUAUUAAUUCAAAGUUAACAUUCUGCCAAAAAUUUUGUUAAAGCACCUGCUGAACCUUAAAAUCAGUAGGUUUGGAAAUGAUUACAACCCUAACUUCUUGGCCUGCAUUGCAUUCUAAUUGCUUGCAACUGUGAUACUGAGAAGGCCAAAAUGCCAUUUUUUGUUUCUUUGUUGUCAGCUGCUUUUAUCAAAUUUCAGACCAUUGUCCAGCAAACACUAUAAAAAUGUUUGAAUAAUUGAAUUUCAAACAUUUUCAUUUUGUGGAGUGGUGCUUACCAAGUGGUACAGCUCUAAGCACGUGGAUACAAACACAGUUAAGUGUAGUUUGAGUAGAUGUUAACCAGUUCUGCUAUUUCAUUCAAAUGUCUGGUGGAAAAAAUUGACUGUUCCCUUUACCUAAAGGGCAGAGACAAAUGAUUUCACUUCCAGAGAAAUGACUGUUUUGAAGAAAGAUGUGUUCUUUAGCUCUUUUGUAAUUAAAUCUGGAUGUACCUCAAGACUCUUAAGACUGUGGUGAUAAGAGGCUUUUCUCCAGAGAAAGGAAAAAAGCAACUGGAACUCAAAGCUUGAAAUUCUGUGACAAAACAUGAGAUGUCCAGGAUUGGCAGUUAAGAAGGUUUUGCUGCAAUGUUCUGCAAUCUUUGAAGCAGGUACCUACCUUUCAGCGUAGCCACAGCCAUGGACUCCAGGUUUCUAAGAACUGGACCUGCCAUCUAGAAGAGUUUGUCAGGAUGUGGCAAGAACUCUGGAGGUUGAUUUUUUGUUGUUGUUUUUAAAUUACAUUUUGGAACUGUUGAUCUUGCUGUGAGAAAAGAGACAACUGAGCAAGCAUUAAUACCAGCGCUGUUACUGGGAAUUGGAAGACCUGAGUUUCUACCCAGAACCUCAAUGUAAAUUGAGAAAACUCCAUCGAAAGUCAAUUAUGUCCUGUGCUUCCUGAUUGCUGAGUGUUCACCUGGACCUUCUGACCACCUUCUGCUGGCCCAUCAUCCUACACGUCUGGUACUUGGAUUUUUGCCCAUGGUGAUUUGUAUCAACCUACUACUGAAGAAGACAUCAUUCCAGUGGACCACUGUGAUCAAGAGACUUUCAGCCAUGACAGUGUGACCUUGACCUGUACUCCAGUUGUGGUCUGCCCAGAUUCAGCACAGCCCUUGGUAGUGCAGAGUCUGCAAGCCAAAUACCUAAAGCUAUUUUAUCACAACGAAGGCCUAGUUUAUUCCAUGAGUGUGCAUUUCUUCAGUUAAAAUCUUCAGAGACAUGUAAUAAACUUGGACCAGGGGAUUUUUAAUUAUCAACGCUGUCCAAAGAAAGACAACAGACAUCUUUCCAAGAAUAGCAUUGGACCAUAGCCCAUAAUCUCAAAUGAUUAAAGUUUAUGAACUGCCUAAACCCCAUGAAGGUCCCUGGACCAUGUUCUUUUUCUACUUAAAAUCUGUAGUAGCCUACUGAAUGAGACCUGUUGGGAUCAAAACCAAGGCACAGUGAAUUCUUCAUAGCAUCUUCUUUGGGAUUACUCAGGAACCAGAACUUUUCACAUAAAUGUAAGCAGUUCUGCCAAGGAAUCCCUUUAUCUAACAGGAUCUCACAAGGCUCCAGUCAGAUUCCAGAAAAGGCCUCUUUAUACAUCGAGAUAAAACCUAUAUGGUAAUUCCCUCUGUUUAUAUAGCACUUUACAGUUUGAAAGCACUUUUGUUUGUCUUAAUUAUCACAAUACAGUACAUUCCUUUUUAAAUGAGGGAACUGAAGUUUAAUUAAUCAUCCAAGGUAAAACAGCUACAAAGUGGUAGAGGCCAGGCCUUUUGACUCCUGGUCCAGUGUUAUCCUAGGCAUUAACUUAGCUUUUACACACAGUGUUAAAGUUGUAAACUCAGAAGAUUCCCAAUUUCCGUGCCUGGUGUCCGCAUCAGGCAGGAUGUUGUAAGUAUAAUCCAUGGCAACAUCUGUAAGGUAUGGGAGCAAAGGGUCUUUACAGUGAUAAACUGUCGAAUCAAAAUGGCAGGUGUUAAUCAGAUAAUAAGGCUACCUAAUGUGAAACACAAGCUGCUUUUAGAUCUUUUGUCUAUUUUCAUGAUUUUCCCAAGACACCCCAGUACAUGUCUUAAAAAAAAAAAAAAAACUCAUGAAUAGCAAAAGUUACCUGUAAUCCUUGGCCCUCCAACUUAUUUACACAAAAUGAGCCAUUUUUUUAAUGUAUACUUGUCAUGUGGAGAGUUUCCAUCAUCCAGUAAGGUGGUAAAAUAUUUAAGAUGUAUCCUUUCUAGCAUUGUGUUGUGUUAAAGGUUUCCAAAAGACUUGCAGCAAAGAUCUCUUUAUGUUAGUCCACUGUGUUCUAAUUUAUAAAGAUAAUGUAAUUUUGGGUAGCAUUCCUUUUAUAGGAAACUACUAUAAAAUGGUAUAGUGUAACCUGAUUAUCAAUAGAUUGGCCUGGGGACCCCAUAAUAUAGUGUCGUUGAAACCUGCCAUUUUCAUACCUUGUCAUUAACUGUUUGAACUUACUUGUCCCUGUCAUCUGAGUCUAUCUUGACCACUAGCUUAAUUUUUUAAAUCAGGAGUUUCUAGAAUAAAAAUGGAACUAUAUGGGAGGAUAUUGGAGGAAUAUCAAUUCUGCCUCCUUCCCAAAGGGCGAGUUCCAUAAUAUUUAGCAGCAUAUGUCUUAGAAUUGUGCUGUAAAGUGUUUUGUUUUUUUUAAGACAUUACAACUUAUGGGGUAAAGAGAUUGGGAAGGGAAGUAGAAAGGGUAAGGAAGAAGACAAAAUGCUUUCUUUAGAAUUUGAGUUGUGGUCUGUUGAGAUAGUCUUGUCCUCUGACAGUCAUUUAUAAACUCAACUUAAGGCAAUUGAAAUUUAUACUAGACUUGAGUUUUAGCUCUAUUUCCUUAUAAUACUGUCCACCUUAGGGAAGGAAUGAAUAGGGAAUCACCUUAUCUUACUACAGGCUUUGUUCACCCAGUUUCUAGUUUCUGUGACCUAUUUUUUCUAUUUCAGCAUUUUGUGAACAACUUAUUCUUAGAUCAUUUGUUUUCCAAAGGCUUUGUGGCCAUGAAGCCAUUUGAAUGAAAACUGUGCGGAAGCCCAGAGUAAAAGUGAAGCUGCUCUGGAUGACAUGAAGCAAGAGGUGGGGGUCUGGAUGAAGUGAAGCAAGAGUAGGGGUCUGCAGCCUGCAACAAGCAUCUUCCUUUACCACCGAGGCUGAUACCUAAAGGGACUUCUUUACAACAUGUACAACUGCAAAACAGUUUGAAAACCACUGCCCUAUACAACAUGUUUGACCCAAAUGGCUUUCUGACCUUUUAUGUGUCUCCACUCAAUAUAGUCUACAUUCAGUUGAGCUGAACAUUCUUAGGAAUAUUUACUGUGUGCAGACUUAGAAAAGUACAUAAUGGGCAUGGCUUUAGCCCCCAAAAUGUUCAUAUGGACUGAAAAUGUGGCAAGUGAACCUUCAUUACUAGCCCUGUAAUCAAGAUGAACUUUAACAGUGAUUUCUGGAAUUGGAUAUAGUCAGCAAUUCAUAUGUGCCCUAUACUGACAAACUACUAAGCAGCAUUCACUGAAACAGAAUACACUAGUGGUACUUGAAGUACAUGACUGAAGUCUUGAACUCUUGGAUAUGGGAAUUGCCUGCAAGCUGGAAACUGAUGCCUCAUUGAGGCCAUCUUAGACCAACUUCUACAGUAGACUUCUCAUCAUUAGCCAUGGUACUCUGCUUCAAGUCAAGAAACAGUCAUUAACUAUGGAAACAAUUCAGAUACUUGCAACAUUUUCUGAGGGGAAAAGUACCAGGUCAUCAUUCUUCAUCUUAAACUACAAAUCACUAUGUGACUCAGCCUAGUUACACUAGGUUACACUCCUUGUUUUGUUUUUUUGUUUUGUUUUUUGUUUUGUUUUUCAUUUUACUGGUUUGAGGAUCAUUAAUAACCUUUAAAAAUAAAAUCCCAAAACAAUUUCUUCACUGGCUUAUCUGCUGACUUCCUGUAAUUACUGACUACGCAUCUUUACAUGUAACAGUUGAUCUUCAAGAUACAAUUUUUGAUCAUCCUUUCUCGUGUGUGAUAAAUACAGUCAUUUGGAAAAAUUUCCUCUAGCCAGUAAAAGGUGUUCUUUUACGAUGACUUGAUGCUUGGUACCAUCAUGUGGUAGGGAUAGUUGGACCUAGGCUCUUUGACCAAUACACAGUAACUUACUUGAUGGUGACUUCAAAUGGUGUAUUACCUAUCAUUUUUCUGGAAAUGUAGACUAACUUAAAAAGAAAUGUAAAAAUGGCAGCUAAGGAUAUUACCAGUAGACUGAAGAGCUUCUGUCUUUGUGGAUGUUUGAGUGGAAUCACACCUGUCUCAGUAUUGUCAUUUACAUUGAUUAAGUGUGGUUGGCUUCGUUUCUUGCUAUGAGAUACUCUUGGGCAUUAAAACAAUUGGUUUCUGUAGGAAGACUUUAAUUCCUGAUUUAUAAACAAGUAUUCCAGGGAUAUGCCAAUUUAUGUCCUAAGAAAAUCUCAUUUCUUUACUUCACAGUUAACUUAAGAGGCAGACAUCUUCAGCUACACUUACAAAUGCACUGGUUGAAAAUGGUUUCUUCACAGCCUUUCUCUUGUCCUCUAGACUAAUCACAUGACUUGGUCUACAUAUCAUUAAACAAGGCUUAGGUCCAAUUGCUCUUGACUGCUUAACCUCAGCAAAUUAAAAUCUGGAUGACUAUUUUGCUUGAAUAUGCAACUGUAAUUCAUACAGAAGUUAUCUACAAGCUUACAUUUCUACUUCCUUAAAAUCAUCAGCUUUUAUUUCUCUCUGCUUUUAUCUUGCAUGUACUUUGCAGAAAAAAAAAGACUGCUCUACACUCAGUCAUUCCCUCUGAUCGUGUUAUACUGAGUUAAGAUGAGGGUAAUCAUAUGUUCAAGAGUUUUUAUGUGCAUAAAAAAAUUGGUGAUUAGAAAAAAAAGCCUAAAACUUAAAACUAGGAGCUUACCUACUGUCUCCAUGCCUCAGAUUUCAUCCAUAUCUUUCCAUGUGCCACUCAGCCAAUCUGAAGCCAUGACUUGCUUAUAAGAAUUCUCAGAGAUGUAUUAAGUUAUAGAAGAUGAAGACUUGAUAACCAAAGAAAGUAGAGCCAACUUCAAAUCUGACUCUACCAUCCUUUUACUCCCAGAUAUAGGAUAGAUUCCUAAACAGAGCCUCAAGUCUGGACUAAGGAUAUGGCUUUCUCCUGAGAUGGUAUUUCUUGGGCAGAUGAACAAGAAAAAAAAAUGCUAUAUCUGACUUGUCCUUUAAAAUCAGAAAGUUAUAUUUGACAUAAGCCCUAUGAAAUAACUGGAGGACCCAGGGCAAAAACUAAUUUAUACACUCAUUUCUUAUUUUGCCUGAUGUUCCAAGUGAUAUUCUGGUAGUUGAUUUUGCUGGCCCUGCUGAUGUUACCCUGCGUUGUCAUUUUAUCUAUCUCAGCUCUUAACUGCCUUGUUUGACUUGCUGCAAUCAACUGCUGACCUUGAGAAGACUACAGCCAGUUUUAGCUUAUCUUGUGCAGAAUUCCACCAAGGUUUUCUAAAUAGAGAUUAGCUUGUACCUCACCCCACCAGGACUUAAUAUUCACAACAGAAAGUACCAGUUGUACACACCUUGAUCAACAGCUUUUUUUAAUUUUUUUAAAAUGGAGACUAAGAUUGUGCUUGCUCAUAUAGCACCUGGGACCUCUUCUACUACAUCUGGAAAGAGUACAGCAGAUUGAAAAUAGUCUACUUCUCUUCUGCAGUAACACACAAUGAGUCUUGAUUCCUCAAUACUCACAGAAAUGUCUUACUUCAACUUUGCAAGACUUAAAGGGAUAUGAGAAAAGUUUUUCACUGAACUUAAAUUAUCACUGACACAAAUAGCCUCGCUGAACUAUUUGCCAGUGGGAGGCUGUUUUCCUGUUGUCACCACAAUGGUGAGGCUCUGGCAAAAGCCCUAAAACUGAGUUUGCAUGCAUUGAAAUUCUAUAGUAUCAUCCAGAAUACCCUAUUGGAUAUAAUUACUCAAAUGGACUGUAGGCUUCCUGAAAAUGACAAAUUUACACUCAUGGUUAUUUUAGAAUAAUUUCAUUACUGAGGAACCAGCUCUAACUACAUUCCCCUUUAUGAACAGAAGUUCAGCAUUUUCAGUCUCUGGUCUAUUUGGACAUAAAUUGUUUUUGAUUACCCAGCAUCCAUACCAUUUCAUUUUAAAAACUCCCUGAUGUUUUCUGGAUUCAUCACUUCCUAUUUUCAGUUGAUACAGUUUGGACAGUCUGGCCCAAAAGCUUUGUGAGUAGACAUAUUAAUCAGACCUCACCAGUCAGUAAAGUCCGUCUCCUUAACCAUACCAGUUCUUUCAGGAGUGUCUGUAUGAUUCACAAGUUGGUCCAGUGAUAUCUCAUCCCUCUGAAUUUUACUGAGUUAUGGAGAACAAAUUCUCUUUACUGAGGUGCUUUAGUUUGUAGGAUUAAAAAACAUUCAAACCAACAGGGUCUACCACAUUGAAUGAGCCAGUCAGAGAAUAAAGCCAGGGCAAAGGAAAGCAGAACCAAAAGAUGGAGAGACUCAAGUCCUGAUGACAGCAUAUUUGCUUCUGGAUCCAGCUGUGCCUGAAGCUAGUAUAUCCCGUGGACUUUUCAGUUAUGUGAAACAAUAAAUACACUUUUUGCUUAAGUUA